AUGCAGCGCGAGGUGAAGACGGCAAAAGCGGUGCGAACGCAGCGCGAGGAGCGGCGACUCGAGCGCGAAGAGGAACUCGAGGCAGUUGAAUCGCGGAUCCAACGACAGCGGGACGAGCAUCGAAGCCAACGGCUGUCAUUGGAGGAAUUCACGCGGCAGGAACUGCGCCAAAGAGCAGAGCAGGAGGCUUGGGCAGCAAGUGCAGGUCGUCGUUGUGGUCCCGAGGCAGCUGCACAGGCUGCGCUCCAACAGAACGUGACCGCCAUCCAGGCUAAGCUCUGCACAGAGCAGGCCGCACUUCGGUCAACGCAGACAGAGCUGCAGAAGACAGAGGCAGCUGUUGUUGCUCUGCAGAGCAGCAGUGCAGAGGAAUGCGCCACUUUGCGCUCCAGGCUGGAGCAUGUAAUCAUGGCGGCGAAGGCCGCUGAAGCCCGUCCUCCACGGCUGCGGGUUGGCAUGAACAUGGUCGCUCACACAAUGGCGAAGGAGGAAGAUGUCGCCCGGCUUCACGCACGUUACUGCGAGGAAGCGCGGGCUGAAACACUUCGCUUGCGGCAGAGGGCUCACGAUCUUGAAGAGGAGACCGAGGUGAAGCUGCAGGCAACGGCGCAGCAAGCCCGCGACGAGGCGCAGGAGGCUCACUUGCGGCGCAUCUUGGGAGAGGCUCAGCAGACUGAGCUCGGCCUGGAGAUGCGCGGCUUUGAGCAGCGUCAGGCGCUGCAGCGCAGAAGUGAGCGCGUUGCAUACUUGCGUGGGGGCAAGAAAAGUUGA